AUGGCCUCAUGGCUGAGGAGGCUUCUCCUGGUCUGUGCUUGGAUCAGCACUGCGAAUGGUGCAUGGAAGCGGAGGUCAAAGCCGCACAUUUUAUUCCUCAUGGUUGACGAGAUGGACGGCAGACUUCUGGAUGCGGAAUCUCCGCAGGUGAAGCUUCCCCUGAAGCACUUGACGGCACUAGCCAAGAGAGGUGCCCAGUUCGCCAACACCUACUCUUCAUCACCACUGUGCGUGCCCGCACGUGCAUCCAUGCUCACUGGCAGAUCCGUCUCACAAAUCCGGGUGUGGGACAACUUCCUGGGCAUUGCUCGUGUCAACGGCUCCCGCACGAACGUCGACCAGCGCUGUGUUGAUGCCUUCUCUCUCGAGGACUGUCGGAGCUUCGCCGCGAAGCAGAACACCACUGGCACCUUCAUAGACGUGCUGAGAGACCAUGGCUACAACAUUACGAUGUGGGGCAAGGUACAUGCUGGGGCAGGACUGGAUCAGCUUGGGAACUAUGACGUCGACGCCUUCAAGGGCGUGAGUCAAGUCGGACAAGCGGCGCGCGCUUGGACACGGGCCACAGGCGUGGUCCGAAAAUCCCAGAAUCCGACGAAGUGGCUCCAUCGCCCAACCGACCUCCGAGCACCCGCACCAGGUCACCACGACUACGACACAGCCGAGAUGUGCUCUCAACUGCUGCAAGCUGGGCUCUUCCGCUCCACGACGCCUCAGUUCUUGUACUGCUCCUUUACCAUCCCGCACCCGCCCUACCAAACCAACUCCACCUACUUCUUCGCGGUGCCUCCGCUUGGCGACCUGGCAGUGCCCAAGUAUGUCAGCGAAAAAGAGAUGCACCCUGCGGACGUCUAUGCUGCGAAAGCCAAGGGCACCUGGGGCCUGGAUGAAGUGCGACCGGCGCUGAUCGAAAACUUUCGACGGAUCUACUUCGCGAUGUGCGUGGAGACGGACAAACUUCUGGGUCAAAUUCUGUCAGCCCUGCGGAAAAGCGGAAGCGACAAAGAUGCUUACGUG